GCUCUUCAAACACCUUUAACAAUCAAACAGAUCCGCACAAACUGGAUCCAUUUCGGAUAUUCGCUCAAUAAAGCGCAUCGUUCUCGUCAGAAAAUACACUUUUGCACGUUUUAAAACACUCGUUUUUUGUAUUACACGGUUUCAAAAUUCAGUUUCAUCUUAUUUUAUCUUUGUCUUAACACUUUGUUGCACGAUACCAUAUACAGUCAUCGAGACGCUAUUUUUAAGUGCCCUUGGCAAGCGUGUGCCAACUUCUUGAAGCGACUCUCUUAAUUUUAGUAUUACAUAGGCUACUAGGAGUGUCUGCCAACCAGUUGUGUUUGUUCAGUUGGGUUUUCGUUUGCACAUUGUUUUUUGACACGCCUGAACUGUAAAUCUGCUCAGCCAUGUAAUAGGUUAAGUUUUGUCAGAAGGAACUACCACCAGUUAUUUUUUUUAUUCAUAUAUAUUUUCCUAUUUUUUUACAGUCUAUGAUAUUUUCCAAGGUCAAAAAGUCGACCACUGGACAAAACUGACGAGCUAUUAUUGGUGCACAUCGAUUAUUUAGUGUCUUUUCUCAACUCUCAGAAGUCGCGUGUUGAUCCGGCUUUUUAAGGAUGUCUGUUCACAACGUUGCCUCGAGAAGUUCGGAAAAGCUGCUGUACUUUGGGUUUUUGGUUCUGGUUCGUUCAGUCUUAUGUCAUGGGUUUGCUGAAGAGUUCAAUCCAGGCUCUUAUGAUUUUGGGUCUGUUUUUCUGGAGCCUCUGGACGGGUUGAGAAGAUACGCGGAGUCCAUUGUUGGCACCCAUGUGAUUGAGAUUUGUGUUGAGAAUGCUGUGUUGUACCUUGACUCAGUGUUUGGCCCAGAGAACAUCUAUUCUGUUGCUAUGUUUGUCGAAAUGUUGCUGAAGUUUGUUGCUGAAGGAGUUGCCAGUGGGCUGAAUGUCAUUGCUGUGUAUGUGUCUGAGAUACUCAGAGCUACAGGAGUAAAUGAGACAAUAUCUAUCCCUCAUUUCACCGCCGAGGGCGUGUCUGCUGUGACCAAGUGGGCUUUGCUGGCUCUGAUCAGUUACUGGCUGCUGUUCUUCCUGCUUCGGGUCACUGUGGCGCUUGUGAGGCGAGUGUUUUGGCUGAUUAAAGCAGUUGUAGUGCUGUGGCUGUUUGUGCGGAUCGUCAGUGACCCCGUGGCCCCCACUGAGGUCACCACAAUGAGACUGAUCCUACUAGUGCUCAUCUGCGCCGUGUUUGGAGUCGCUACGAGCUACGGCGGAGGCGGUCUAGAAAGCCGAAUCAGCAAACUGGAGGGUCAAGUCAAAGGAAUGGAAAAGAAGAAGAAAGAGUGAUGAGCAGCUCAAACAUAUGGAUACGGACUCAUGAUAACAGAAGGAUGAGGACUCAGGGAUGACAUUCUGAGUGUUUUAUGUAACUCAAAGCAGCCUUAGGAGUAUUUAUGUCUGAUCUUGCCAGUUCUCUCCUGCUUUGAAUAUAUUUCAUAAUUCACUGGACCACUGAGGCUACUCCCAUACUCUGUAAAGCAAGAAGACAAAACUCCAUCAGACAGCUCUGUGAAUUUCAUGUUGUACAAAUAAAGCUAUCCUUGAAUGUU